AUGAAAUAUACGAUUGCAUUCAUAACGAUCGUCAGUAUAUCGGCGACAUGGGCUAUAAAAGCGAAAGUUGAAGAUCCUAAGGACAAGAGAGAGGCGGCGGUUGGCUAUGCGUCACCAGGCCACUCCAGUCAGGCUUACAGCUUCCAGGCACCAGCUCAAGGACAUGAAGACGCUAGCUCGAUCAGCAUUGGUGCUGGAUACAGCGUAGGGGGUGGAAAACCCACAUACAGCUUCGCAAAUCAAAUCUCUGGAGCUCCAUAUCAAAUACCAUCCGAAGGACUACCUGCUAGUGGCCACGCUGCUCUGCAGUUAGCCCCAAUUACACUUCAACCGUCUCACGGUCUCGUUUCUAAUGACCUCUCUCAACUCAUGAGCCAACUUUCUCAAGGAAUUAACUCUGGAGCUAUUUCUCUACCUUCAGGUGGUCAGGGAGCCGUAUAUCAAUUUGGUGGGCAAAGUGCGCACGGGGGUCAAGAGUUCGCAUUUCCUCAAUUUGCGUACAGUUCUCCAAACAUGCAACAGUACACUUUAGGUGAACAGGCUCAACCAGCGGUUCCAUCUUACGCUUCCGGCACUAAAGGGUUAGGUUCUUACAGUUCUACGGGUCCAGUAUUAUUCUCGCCGGAAUCUCAUUCCAAUCAAGGAUCCCAGAACUAUGCUGUUCCUUCAGGAGGUCAUUCUGUAAGUGAAGGGGCCUUAUCUUACGCUGAUGCUGGACAAUCUGUGCCCUCAUAUUCUUUGGGUAGUUCCGGUCACUCUUAUGGUGGUUCAUUGAAAGCAUACGCGGGUGGUCACGGAGUUCCAGUCAAAACCUCGUUUAAGCCAUCGGCAUUCUUGGGUUCCGUUCAAUCUGAAGGUCACGGAUUAUCUGGUUCAUACGCCGCGCCCUCAUUUGGUAACUAUCAGAGCGGUGGUUUGUCUUUAGGUGCUCAUGGUCAUGGUGCCAGUUUUGGAUCCUUAGGUGGUCUCAGUGGAGCGUCACCCAAAUAUGUGUCGCAGUCCUACUUACCUGCUAAAUCAGAAGGUCUCGGUUCUUUAGAGUCUAUCGCGUCGGCAUUCUCUACAAGUGGGCAAUUAGGCCACUCUUCUCAUGGACCCAGCCAUGGUUUCCCAUCUUCAGCGUACAGUAGCAGCAACGUCCACAGUGCAUCUGCCCACACUCCUCAGUACUACGUUUCAUCUUCCAAACACGCCCCUGGUGGUUCGUUUGGCUCCGGCAGUGUAUCGUACAAAGGUCCGAUCUCCGGACACAGCUCGUUGAACUCCUUCUCAUCAGGACCUAAAUACAGUUUUGGUGGACAGAGCUCGCGUUACCUUCCAGCAAAAGACUCCCACGGCGCUUACAGCGAGACUUCUUACAACACCAUCAAGUACAGCGAAGAAUUGAAACCUCGUAUUCACUAA